AUCAGUUUGACAUUUGAUAGAGCUUUAAAGUUUAAAGUUUGUUUUAUUUUGUAAAACAGUUACUUAAACUUACUUACUUAUUUUGUAAAAUGUAUUAAAUUGGUUUUCAUUUGUUUUUUAUGUGUAAGUUUGAUGUUGGUCGUCUUAACUGUGAUACUCCGUAUUAUAAAGAUAUAAGAAGUUGAAGAUAAAACUUCAACAUUUUAAGUUGUAACCAUUGAUUUCUCUUGUGAUUACGAAAUGGAAGAUUAUUUUAAUACACUUAACAAAUUGAAAUCUAUGGAUUACAAUGAACUAACCAUAGUGCUUGGAAAUGAGAGUUGCGACUUGGAUUCAGCUGUCAGUUCCUUUGUCUAUGCUCUGUUUUUGCACUGGCAAUAUCAUCAGAUCAAAUGUAAGGUGUGCACCAGAAAUAAGAGAGAUGAGACUGUUUACAAAGAUAAUAUAUUUGUCUUUGUCUUGAAUGUUGAUAGACAAGACUACGAUUUGAAAACGGAAGUGGCAUAUCUAUUUAGGCAACAUAGUAUAAAUGACAGCCAGAUAGUUUUUAAAAAUGACAUUGACUUAAAACAGUUAAUCAUGAAGAAACCAACUAAAAUAAUAUUAGUCGAUCACCAUACUUUAGCGUUGCAAGACCAGUUUCUAGCACCUUACGUAACAGAGGUAAUAGACCAUAGACCAAGAGAUGAAUCAGGUUGGAAUUAUAAAGAGGACACAAGAAGUACCAUAGAGCUGGUAGGCUCUUGUACUACGUUGGUCACACAGAGGAUUAAAGAUUUGAGCGCAUUGAUGUCAAAAGAACUGGAAUUCUUUAAUGCUUACCCUAUCACUAGUGACAUGUUGCACUGCACAAUAAUUUUGGACACAGUUAAUUUCUCCAAAGAAUUUAAUAAAGCGACGUCACACGACGAAGAAAUUAUACGUUUUCUGGAGACACUCUUGAAGCCAGAUGACCGUGAGUCGUACAGAAAGACUAAGUUAGAGCUUCUGAUGAAUGCGAAAGCAGAUGUUUCAUCUUUAACUCCUGCACAACUGCUGAGAAAAGACACCAAGAUUUUCGGUGAUAUUCUUGUACCGAGCUUCCCUUUACUAGUACGGGAAUUCUUAGAGAAGCCGAAUGUUGAAGAGGCAUUAAAAGAAGCUCUGAUUACGAGGAAUUGUUCUAUCGCCGUGUUACUUGGCAUGGAUUUGAAGGCUGGCAUAAAAAGAGACGCUGCUAUAUGCGCGAACGAGACGGACAGAGCUGAUCAGUUGGCUACUUUCUUGGAAAAUUGGGACAACCCCCCACUACAAUUGACCCCCCAAAUAUCCCGCCCACCGGCACACCGAUACUACGAACAGCUGAAUCUAUCGGCGACAAGAAAACAAUAUGUGCCAGCUUUAAAACAAUUCUUGAAUAAUAAAUCUCUUAUAGUCUAACACUCGUAUGUGUAGUCGAGAGAAGUAUUGAAGAAGUAUUU